AGUGGGCGACAGCGGUGGCGCGCCUCAUAGGAGUUCGCGAUGCGGUUAACGUCGGGGUGCCCUGUCCUUCCCAUAUUCCUCUUCCUUCUCCUCCUGGGGCUGCUGAGCCCCGGCCGCGCCCGCCGCCCGCCCGCGGCCUCCCGCCCGGCUGCCUCCUACCGCACCUGCCACCUCCCGCAGCAGGUUGAUCACUUUGGAUUUGUUGAAAAUCGUACAUUCCAGCAGCGGUACCUAAUAGCAGACCAGCACUGGAAGAAAGAUGGUGGAUCAAUACUCUUCUAUACUGGCAAUGAAGGAGAUAUCACAUGGUUUUGCAAUAACACAGGUUUUAUGUGGGAAGUGGCUGAAGAGCUUAAUGCCAUGUUAGUAUUUGCUGAACAUAGAUACUAUGGAGAAUCCCUGCCCUUUGGAAACAAGUCUUUCAGUGAUUCCAAACAUCUGAAUUACUUGACAUCAGAGCAAGCUUUGGCAGACUUUGCGAUACUAAUUCAGCACAUCAGGAAGACAAUCCCAGGAGCCCAAAACACUCCUGUGAUUGCCAUAGGGGGGUCAUAUGGAGGGAUGCUUGCAGCCUGGCUUAGAAUGAAAUAUCCUCAUGUAGUAGAUGGAGCUCUUGCAGCCUCAGCCCCAAUAUGGCAGUUUCAGGAUUUGGUUCCCUGCAGUGUUUUCAACAGGAUAGUGACUAACGACUUCAAGAAGAGUGGGAAAGGCUGUUCAGAAAGCAUCCGAAAUUCUUGGGAGGCUAUUAAACGUGUCUCCUCUACAGGUGAAGGCUUGCAGUGGCUUUCCAGUGCAUUUCACUUAUGUAGCCCAUUGAAAUCCUCACAAGAUGCUGCUGCAUUGAAAGCUUGGCUGAGUGAGACGUGGGUAAAUUUGGCAAUGGUAAACUAUCCAUAUAAAGCUGACUUCUUGCAGCCUCUGCCUGCUUGGCCUAUUCAGGUGGUUUGCAAGUUCCUGAAAGAUCCCAGUCUGUCAGACAAACUAUUGCUACAGAACAUUUUCCAGGCAGUAAAUAUCUACUACAAUUACUCAGGAGUUGCAUCGUGCCUUAACAUAUCUCAUACUGCAACAAAGAACCUUGGGGAAGUGGGCUGGUACUAUCAGGCUUGCACGGAGAUGGUGAUGCCCAUGUGCACAGAUGGUGUCAAUGACAUGUUUGAGCCUCAGAAGUGGGAUUUCCAGGCAUUCUCUGAAGAGUGUUUCAAACUGUGGGGUGUGAGGCCUCGUCCAUCAUGGAUUACUUCAGUUUAUGGAGGGAAGAACAUCAGUUCUCACAGUAACAUCAUUUUCAGCAAUGGUGGACUGGACCCAUGGUCUGGAGGUGGAGUGACUCAGAACAUCACAAACUCUUUAGUUGCCAUUGUGAUUCCUGAAGGAGCUCAUCACUUGGACCUGCGCAGCAGUAACCCUUGUGAUCCCAAAUCUGUGCGGCAAGCCCGGGCCUUGGAAGUUCACUAUAUGAAGCAAUGGAUUGAAAAGGCCAGACAAAGGCACUAAAGUGGCUACAGUAACUGCCAUCAUUACCUCCCAUUGACUUUAGUGGGUGCAGGAUCAGGCCUUCAUUGCAGUUACAUACAGUCUUUUCACCUGUGCUUCCUUUUUUCCUUUAAUGCUUAUAUAUACUCUUUCUCAGCACUGUGCCUGUCAGUGGGGGUAGGUAGGAGGUCAAAGUGUAUGGGUUGAGCUGCCUGCUAUAGCUUGCUUCCCUAUUUUGCCACUAUCAACUACUGUGGGUAUCCUCUCUGCAACACCCCUGUUUUUGGCCUAUUCCUGGAAGGCCUUAUAUCCUUACAAGAUUAGCCUUCUUGUUGCUAAUGAAAUAUGCAUUAUUAGACCAAGUCAAUUCAGAUCAUUUGACUUCAAGUGGAUUGAAUAUUAGGGACAGGUGCUCAGCUGGUAUAAACUGUACAAGCUUAAAUUUGGGGUGUGGAAUCCAGUAAUUUUGGAGAGGGAACAAAACUACAUUGGGAUAUUGGUUUGUGGGAGAAAGUUAUUUUUAAGCCAAACUUUGGGACUCUGCCAGAAAAUAGGUACACUUUUUUUUUCAUGGUUUUCAACAGUUUGUUAACCAAAGUUGUCAUGUGUGACUUUUUUUCCUUUCUGCUCACUAUGAAGCUUUUUUUUUUUUUUUUUCUGAUUAAUUCUUUGAAUGUCUGGCUGGGUAUAACUUCUGUUUUUGUUCUCCUUCCUUCCCUGCUGCUUCCCUUACCCCUAUGAUACCAGCCACUGUGGUAGUGUUAGAAAAAUCCUGGGUAUUUUCAUCCCCUCUCUCUUGUUGCUGUCUUACAAAUACUUAGUUUUUCCAGGGCAGCACUGGGCAACUCCAGAUUGUUCUCUCGAAGAGUGACAAAUAAUUGAGGUUGUGCCUUGUUUUCUUUUUCUUCUGUCUAUUGAUGAGAUUCUGCAUGGUUUGGUAACUGAUGGUGCUUUAAUAAAAGCCUUUUAAAAUUGUUUGCAGGACAAACUAUUUGGAACACAGAAUAGAGCUCUCCUGUUGGGAGAGUAUUAGCCUGAAAGCGGGAGGCUGUGCUCAGCAGGCCAGGUGCACUCCAAGGCUUUUUAUAGAGCUUCUAAAAGAGUCAACCAGCCCCUAGUCAUGGAGACUGUAUACUUGAUAUUAAUAAAUGACUGAGGCAAGUCCCUUCAUCUUUCAGCUUCAUUCAUACUGAAACCCUUCUUCCAUAGGCUAAUAAGGCUGGGCCAUCCAUUCCAGAUAAGCUGAACACCAUGUAGAACCCAAGUCUCUUAACAUCCCAGUUCCAGUUUCUCAGCUUCUUUUUUUGCUGCUAUGCUUCCUACAGUGUGCUUGUCUUUCUUUUCUCCAGUUCUGUCUCUAUCAUCUACCACUUUCUGGGAACAAAGUGUGCCUCAUUCUGAACCUUUUUUUUACACUUCAGUAAAUCUGGUCCCUCUUGUUGGUGGAACUCUUGGCUUAUCCCUGUUUUGCUCCAGUGUUCUAGAAAAGGUUGCUUUGAACAAGGAGGCCUUUAUGUUCAGGUUCAGCAGUCUGGACCUUUCAUGCUCUUUCUUUAGCAGGUAAUCACUUUGGAGACUAGAGAGAGUGACGCCAGGGAAGAAUCUGAGAGGAAGGGGAAGAGCUCUUUAGAGCUCCACUGAAAUCUGUCAGCUGUUGGUAAUCUCCAUUCAAAUGGGGCCAUUUUCUAGCACUGUGAUGCAAAUGUGUUCCUAGUAUCUAUCUGUGUGUGUGUGUGUGUGUGUGUAUCUACAAUAAAACCAUGGCCUCUAUUUUGUUGCGCCAUACAAUGUUUUUUAGCUUUUUGGUCAAAUAAGAAAUGGACACUUCCUACAACCACUGCAGGAAAAGAAAGUUAAACCUGAAGUGCAAUCAGUAGCCUAUGGGUGUACGUAGGUUUCUAAUUAACACUUUAAUUCGAUAGCUAAGAAGGGGAUUUGCAGGCAAGUAUAAACACUUAGAAUACACAGUACUCAUAACAAAGAGAAAAUAAUGGCCUCUUCCAUUCGAGUACACAGUGCCGUGGACUCGGAGUACAGAGUUCAACGAUUAUACAGAGAGAGAUUGUGGGUUAUGCAGGAGGGGCAUUAUUAUAGUUCCCAAGUAGCCACCAUUGUAGGUUAUGUCAUAUAGCUUCCUUCCAGUAGUUGGCACAUGGUCUCUCCAAGAAAGCAGAAGAUUUCCAUUUGUUGGAUCCAGAGGUGGUAAAAUGAAAGUCUGGAAGACACUUAAGUAUAAAUUUUUCAAAAACAAAUUAUUGUUUUCCCUCUGAACCUGAUUUUUUUAAUAACCUUUUUAUUUGGAAGAUGAGGGGAGUGUAAGGGAUGGGGGAAGGACACAAAGAAAAAUCUCUUGAAUAUAAAUCCUUUCAGUGGCAGGACACUUUUUUUUUUUUUUUUUAAUAGCCCUCAUUUCCCUGUGUUACCUGUGGCAAGUUAGGCUGUGUUUGAUUUUUUUGGGCUAUCUCUGGUAGUUGUAUGAGAGGCUUGUUUUGUGAAUUUUUAAAGAGUAGAUUAGAGAGAUGUGCCUAGGGUUUAGGUGGGAUUUAUUUUUGCCAUGAGCAGGGAGUUGGACUAGAUAACCUCUGGAGGUCCUUUCCAGCUGUACUUUUUCUAUGAAUUUUUGCACCUCCCCCCACUUUUUCUUGAAACAUUCCUGAAACCAUUCCCCUUUUGAAUAAAGGCAAUCUUUCAAUGAUAAUGAGAAGAUUUUUUUUUUUUUUUUUUAAUAAGUCACCUCUAUCUAGUCUUUUGCUUCAGAAGAGAGAAUUUGUCUUUGUUAGAUGUUCUGUCAUGUUGCUGUAGUAUUGGGGACCCUCCCGUUGACUCCACUGAGCUUUAGAUCUCAGAUCUUUAUCACAUUAGUGUUUUUUGGCUUUUGAUGGAGGCAAUCACUCUGAUCUAUUUUGUUUGUGUUUUUUUCUUUUUGGCCUUCAGACUAAUAGACAACCUCUCUACCUCUUCCUUUUUGAAAAGCCUUUUAGACCUCAUCUGAACUUUCAUACAUUAGGGAAUGACCUUCAUCAAUGAUUAGCUACCUCAUUUUGAAAUGUAACUUUCCUGCUGUGGCAUGCAGGUUAGAUGAUCAAGUGCCAUAAUAAGAUCAUUCAUUUUAUCCCCGGUGUCAUGAUAGGUCCAUGUCUCAUGCUAUUUGCAUCACCUAAGAUAUUCUUGGCAUCACACAUUCAAUAUUGUCCCCUGUACCGCGAGUUCUUAUUUUAAGGUGUGUUGCCUUUUGGGGGUGGAGAAAUGCAACAGACAAAGAAUUAAAAGUUUUACUUGAAGGGUAAUGAGAUGCUUUGGAAGACCAGUAAAUAUGAAUCUUAUGGAAAUUGAAAUCUGUAUUGUAAUUUAAAUGUACUGCAACAUGUUAUAAAUAAAUGAAUAUGAAGUUGUGAA